AUGCAGCUUCCCACGGCCCUCAGCGUCCUCUCUCUCCUAUCAGCGGCUCAAGCCCAGACCAACGUUCACUUUGGUCCUGCCUUCUCUCUCGGCCCAACUAAAUCAUGGAUUCGUGAAGCUACGACGACGCUUGUUCUACCGCGAGUUCCUGGCCAGAAGGACCGUCUGGCUUUAUGGCCUGGUAUGGGCACGAGCAGCGGCUCACUAAUUCAAGCAUUGGCUGUUUCUUUCGCAAACCCAAGACUCGAAUGUGGCGGUCAGCCUGGGCAAUGGUGUACAUGGGCUUCGACUCUGCAAGGUACACAAUUGGGCAACAAGAAAGUUCCAGCAAGUCCUGGCGCUAAAUUGACGAUCCAUUACAAGUAUAACGAUGCUACGCAGAAAUACGACCAGAGUGUUGCCAUUGAUGGAACCGUCGUGUCCACUCUCUCCACCGCUUCUGGACGUGCGGAAGGUUGGGGCACAGCCGUCGAAUGCCAGGACGCCGCCUGCGUUAGUACCGUUGAGGCUCACAACUAUAUCAAUACGGUCAUCAUUCUGAACCAAGCUGAUCCCACCUUCAGUAACACCCUUGGUCUCAAUCAAGCUACGUCCUCCGGGCUGAGAUCUCCUGACGGUGGCAAGACUUGGACAGUGGCCACCAUCAGUCACAAAGCGUUCCGUUUCAAUUUUCCCAAAUGA